AUUCAGUGAGUUUUCAGCUUUUUCGAUCACAAUGGUAGGCUCUGUAAACUUUCAUAUCAGGUCCAUUAGCUUGCCAUCCAGGUUUCAGUCUAAUUGUAUUGAAGCAGAACUGAAAAGGCUUCAAACGUUUGACUCAUCCUCCACUUCUGACACCAUACAAACUGGCUUCACAAGGUUGGCAGAGUUAUAUAACAGCAUCGAGGAACUCAUACGAUCUCCUCUCACCCAACAAGCUCUUCACCGUCAGCGGCAUGCAGAGCUGGUUGAAGUGGCACUUGAUGGGUCAGUAGGAAUGUUAGAUGCUUGCACUGCUGCGAGAGACAUUAUUUUGACCAUGAAGGAGAAAGUUGAAGACCUUCAGUCAGCCUUACUCUCCCCUCCUAUCGUGGAUGCUGAUUACCAUCUAUUAAUGGUGGUAAAGGCUCUGAGGGAGUCCAGUGCUAUCACUAUAUCUAGUUUCUGGUCUCUGCUUUUGUUCUUUUCAAUGCCUGUAAUGAAAACAAAGCCUGGUGGAUUGUUUUCCAAACUGAUCCCUGCUGCGGCUGAGAAAGGGCAGAAAUUUUUGAGUGAAGUGGGGAUGACAGACAUUGCUGUCUGCAAUCUCCGUGGAAAAAUCAGAAAAGGCGAUGCCAAGAUUGAUGUGCAAAUGGAGCUGAGCAGAUUGGAGACAAUUUAUGAUAAGAUGAGAGGUCUUGAAUCAGGCUUAGAUUGCCUAUUCAGGAGCCUGAUUAGACAUAGGGUGUCUCUCCUUAACAUUCUUGCACCAUAAUUGAUUUACAUUUAAUAGGAAGAAGGUGAAGAAGGAAAUUGCCAUUCACCUUGAAACAAUCAAGAAACUCGAAAGCAAAUUUGGUUCUUGUUUGAGUACUACUUUAGAUGCAUCCGAUCAAGAUCUGUCAAAUGUGGCUAGAGUACUAAGAGAAGCAAGCUCCAUCACCAUUUCUGUAAUUAGAUCUAUUCUUCUGUUCCUGUCAAUGCCUGGUGGGAAGACUGGAGCUGGCCGAUUUUCAUUAAUAUCGAAGUUGAAACCAUUGAGAUCACUGUCAUCUGAAAAAGGACAGAAAAUUGUUAAUGAGAUUGGAAGUGAGGAUCUUGGUCUUUGCUCUCUCUCCGGCAUAAACCUACCUUUGGCCCUUUAUCUUAAUAAAUUUAUAGAUUUUAA